AUGGCAUUCCAGCAGCUAAUUGUUACCUCAGGCAGCACUCAAACAUCUCAAGCUGAAAGACGGUCAGCAAAUUAUAAGCCUACUAUUUGGAGUUAUGAUUUUGUGAAGUCCUUGAGGAGUGAAUAUAAGGAAGAGAUAUAUGCGAGGCAAGCUCAUAAAAUGAAAGAUGAGGUGAAGUGCCUCAUUAGUGGUGUUAUGGACCCAUUGGCCAAGCUUGAAUUGAUUGAUAUCAUUCAAAGACUAGGGUUGAAAUAUCAGUUCGAGGCAGAAAUAAAGAAAGCAAUAGAAGUUAUUUAUAAAGAUACUAAUAAUACGUGGUUAGUUGAUAAUCUCCACGCAACGGCCAUCUGGUUUAGACUCCUAAGACAACAUGGGUAUGACGUACCCCAAGAUGUGUUUAAAAGGUUCAGGGAUGAGACCGGUAAUUUUAGGGCAAGCCUAAGUGAGGAUGUGGAGGGGCUGUUGCAUUUGUAUGAAGCUUCUUUUUUGGGUUUUGAAGGUGAAAAUAUCAUUGAGGAGGCUAAAACUUUCACAACCGAACAUUUGAAAAAUAUCAUAGGAGACAUAUCACCGACCUUGGCUAGAAAGGUAGCCCAUGCUUUGGAUAUGCCCUUGCAUUGGAGGUUCGCAAGAUUGGAGGCUAGAUGGUUCAUCGACUCGUAUGCACAAGAACAAAAUAUGAACCCUACUUUGAUACAAUUGGCUAAGUUUGAUUACAACAUGGUGCAAUCCAUUCACCGAAAAGAGGUCAGAAAAUUAGCAAGUUGGUGGGUUGAAAUGGGCUUGGACAAGAUGAGCUUUACCAGAGACAGGCUAGUAGAACACUACUUUUGGAGCAUGGGAAUACUAUUUGAACCUGAGUAUGGACCAUUUCGAUAUAUGGGGACAAAGGUUAUUUGUUUUGUAACUGUUAUAGAUGACAUAUAUGAUGUAUAUGGCUCACUGGAAGAAUUGGAGCUAUUCACCGAUUUUGUUUACAGAUGGGAUGUUAGUGAAAUUCAUAAGCUUCCAUGCAAUAUAAAGACGUGUCUUCUUGCAAUGUAUAACACUAGCAACGAAAUUGGCUAUUGGACAUUGAAAGAGCGAGGCUUCAACAUCAUCCCUUAUCUAAGCAAAGCGUGGGCAGAUCUGUGCAAAGCAUACUUAAAGGAAGCAAAAUGGUAUCAUGGUGGGUAUAAGCCAACGUUGGAAGAGUAUCUUGCCAAUGCAGUGGUUUCCAUAUCUGGGUCUCUUGUGCUACUUUGUUGUUACUUUCUAACCACAGACAAAAUCACAGAAGAGGCAUUGAAUUACAUAGACAAGCUCCCGAGUAUCAUACGUUGCAGCAGCAUGCUUGCUCGACUCACCAAUGAUUUGGGAACAUCAUCGGAUGAGUUGGCCAGAGGAGACAAUCCCAAGUCAAUCCAGUGUUAUAUUAAUGAAACCGGUGCAUCUGAAGCAAUGGCUCGAGAGUACAUAAAAAGUUUAAUAGAUGAAACAUGGAAGACCCUGAAUGAAGACAUGCUCAAGAGGUAUCCUUUCUCCGAACCAUUUUUAAGUGCUAUUCCAAAUACUGGUCGGAUUUCCCAAUGCUUUUACCAACAUGGAGAUGGACAUGGUGUGCCAGACACUUGGACAAGGGAUCAUCUUAUUUCAUUACUAGUCAAUCCUAUUCCUUUCAAAGAGUGGUGA